UCGUCGGUGUUUUAACUUGUAACGUUAAACUUUUGUUACCCCAUGCGUUCUGACCAACUGACGGUUUUGAUAAUCCUACAAGGUGAUGAUUUUCUUUCCUCACAAUACUGCGAGUCCUCUUCGCACCUGUCUCGCUCUCUGUCUUCCAUGGCUUCACCGAUUCUGCUACUCCUGGUUUCGUCUCUUUUACUCAUCCCUGCACAAGCCCAUCUACAAGAACCUUCAGACCAAGCUUUCACUUCUAUCCGCAUAUCCCAACAGGGCCUCGAUUUCCUUAAAGAUGUUCUGGUAAGCAAAGUAAUCUCCUCCAUCAUACCUCUCAAACUUCCAAAGAUCGAGAAGACUAUGAAGAUUCCCUUUUUGGGUAAUGUCCACGUGGUCCUCUCCAACAUCACAAUUGAUCGAAUUGACGUCCCUUCUUCGUAUGUGAAGCCCGGGGAUACUGGCAUCACGAUUGUUGCAUCAGGGAGUACAUGUAAUUUGACUAUGAAUUGGCAUUAUUCUUAUAGUUCAUGGUUCGUGCCCGUUGAAAUUUCGGACAACGGAAGAGCUUCUGUUCAGGUUGAAGGCAUGCAAGUGGGACUUACUUUGGGGAUAGAGAUCGGAGAAGGAACUUUGAAGCUAUCCCUGAUGGAAGGUGGUUGCUAUGCGAAAGAUAUUUUAAUCAAAUUAGAUGGAGGAGCUUCUUGGCUUUAUCAAGGGAUGAUUGAUGCCUUUGAUGACCAGAUAGAAGCUGCUGUGGAAAAUGCUAUUACCAAGAACCUUAACGACGGAGUUUUAAAGCUUGAUUCAUUUCUGCAAGCUCUUCCAAAGGAAAUCCCAGUGGAUGACAACGCUUCUUUAAAUGUUACAUUUGUGGAUAACCCUUUACUAAGUAACUCUUCCAUUGGGUUUGACAUCAAUGGGUUAUUCAUUGCAAGGAGAAAAGUUCACAUCCUCAAGCAUCAACAUAAGAAUUCACCAUCUUCAGUUUACUGCACAGAUCCAUCUAGAAUGCUUGGAAUCGCAUUAGAUGAGGCGGUCUUCAACUCUGCAUCAGCAUUGUACUACAAUGCAAAAUUUAUGCAAUGGAUCGUGGAUAAGGUACCAGAUCAAUCUCUUCUAAACACUGCUGGAUGGAGAUUUAUUGUUCCUCAACUGUAUAAGAAGUACCCGAAUGAUGAUAUGAACAUGGAUAUUUCUUUAUCUUCUCCUCCGGUCGUAAAGAUUUCACAGGAGAAAAUUGAUGCUACGGUUUAUGCUGAUUUGAUAAUUGAUGUCUUACAAGCAGACCAGGUUAUACCAGUUGUUUGCAUCUCAUUGGUGAUUCGUGGGUCGGGUUCUGUGAGGAUUGCAGGGAAUAACCUUGCUGGGAGUGUGAAAUUGGACGACUUCACAAUGUCUUUGAAGUGGAGCAAAGUUGGUAAUCUGCAUAUGUUCUUAAUCCAGCCUGUUAUGUGGACAAUUAUCCAAACUGUUUUCUUGCCAUAUGCAAAUGCACGUCUGGGAAAAGGUUUCCCGUUGCCCAUCAUUCACGGUUUCACGCUCGAGAAUGCUGAAACUCUCUUCUCCAGUUCAAGAAUUACAGUUUGUGGGGAUGUAGCAUAUGCAGAGCCACUGCAACACAGUCCCUUGAUCAACCAUGAUCAACUUCAUUACGGUUUUUUAUAAUGUCUUGUGAUUGAUUGUAGGAGUCAAAGGAUCAAUGGUACAUUAAUGUACAGUGUUCUUUCAUUUGUGUAGUGGACUUGCAACCGUUGAAUGUACAAAUUGUGCUUAUACGCGGUUCCACUUGCUGAGAUCAACGACUCUAUUCCUUCAUCCUA